CUGCCCAGGGCGCACAGUGACUCUCGCCGUGCGGAAGGAGACCCAGCAGGCACCAUGCCCCAGAACGUGGUCCUCCCCGGCCCUGCGCCCUGGGGCUUCCGACUCUCAGGGGGCAUCGACUUCAACCAGCCUCUGAUCAUCACCAGGAUUACUCCAGGGAGCAAGGCAGCGGCUGCCAACCUGUGUCCUGGAGAUGUCAUCCUGGCUAUCGACGGCUUCGGUACAGAGUCCAUGACUCACGCUGAUGCACAGGACAGGAUUAAAGCGGCAGCGCACCAGCUGUGUCUCAAAAUUGACAGGGCGGAAACUCGCUUAUGGUCUCCACAGGUAUCUGAAGAUGGAAAGGCUCAUCCUUUCAAAAUCAACUUAGAAUCAGAACCACAGGAGUUCAAAGCCAUUGGUACCUCGCACAACAGAAGGGCCCAGCCUUUUGUUGCAGCAGCAAACAUUGAUGACAAAAGACAGGUAGUGAGCGCUUCCUAUAACUCACCCAUUGGGCUCUAUUCAACUAGCAAUAUACAAGAUGCGCUCCACGGACAGCUGCGGGGUCUUAUUCCUAGUUCACCUCAAAAUGGAUGCAGUACUCCGUCUGGUAUUGACGGUAGCAGCGGACGUAGCACCCCCUCUUCCAUCAGCACUGUUAGUACCAUUUGCCCAGGUGACUUGAAAGUUGCUGCUAAGAUGGCCCCUAACAUUCCUUUGGAAAUGGAACUUCCGGGUGUGAAGAUUGUACAUGCUCAGUUUAACACUCCUAUGCAGUUGUACUCAGAUGACAAUAUUAUGGAAACACUGCAGGGUCAGGUUUCCACAGCGCUAGGGGAAGCACCCUCCAUGAGUGAACCCACAGCCUCGGUGCCCCCCCAGUCGGACGUGUACCGGAUGCUCCACAACAAUCAGGAUGAGCCUACCCCGCCCCGCCAGUCGGGCUCCUUCCGGGUGCUCCAGGAGUUAGUUAACGACGAUGACCGUCCCUCCGGCACGCGGAGUGUGAGAGCUCCGGUUACGAAAGUCCACGGCGGCGGGGGCAGCGCGCAGAGGAUGCCGCUCUGUGACAAGUGCGGGAGUGGCAUUGUCGGGGCUGUGGUGAAGGCGCGGGACAAGUACCGGCACCCCGAGUGCUUCGUGUGUGCCGACUGCAACCUCAACCUCAAGCAGAAGGGCUACUUCUUCGUGGAGGGCGAGCUGUACUGCGAAACCCACGCCCGAGCCCGCACGAGGCCCCCCGAGGGCUACGACACGGUCACGCUGUAUCCCAAGGCCUAAGCCCCCCGCGGGCUGAGCAGCACGCACACGCAGUUACACGGGGCGACGGUCAUGACUUUGGGCAGAUGUGGAGCAAACUGCCGAGCCCAAAACUAAAGCCCCGGCUUCAGAUGCUUAUGUUACAGCGUGCCAUGCGGAGAAUGGGGAGGGAGGCUGCAGCGCAGACCUGCCUGCCGCUGUGUUUGCAGCUCUCUCUCUCUCUCUCUCUCUCUCUCUCUUGGGGGUUAGCAAUAACUUCAGGACAUGUACACCAAGCAUAUUUUUUUGUAUGUCAAACUCCACAAUUUAAAUUUAUAUGAUGACCCUCGAACACGUAAACAUCAAGCUAUUGGGGGGAGUCUAAUUGUCUUUCCUUACCAAGCUGGCUUUGUAGUUGUAGUGAGUACCGAGUGGUAAUCUGUAUUCUAACACAGCCCGCAGUUGUCUGUUACCUGCUUCAACCAUUAAAGUGCAUGUCGGGGAGCGAGUCCCUGGGUCUCUCUAGUGUCCUGUGCGGCCAUCACACCACUGGAUGCGCGUACAUAAGAACCACGUGAAACGUCGGACAUGUGCCUAGUGAGGCGGCGCUCCAUGAAUGCAGCGGAAUCAACAUUCCCGUGAGAGGGCCCCAUCCUACGUGCACCUCGGCUACUUUAAGAAAAUGUGGCUUCUUCGGUGUUUAUUACUCUUUCUUAGGAGCCCUGAUUUCUGCUGACAGGAGAGGCAUUUACAUUUGCUAGUGAAAGGGAAUGCCGUCACUUUCGGAUUAAACCAGUUUCUUUGGCUUUGAAA